GACAGUUUCGCUGUUCUCUCCUUUCCUGCGUUUCAUAUAUUUCCCACAGGACAGUUCUAUCGUGUCAUGAAUAUCGUAACAGUUGAGAAUCUGUCGUGAAGAAAAGACCCCCGCGCGCGGUGCGAGCCAACCUUCUAUGGCGUCGCAUCCAGUGUCUCUUCGGGACCGCCAGGUCGCUUCAAUUCAAAAGUUAUUGAACCUAAAUCGUGAUCCACCGCCCACAGAAGAUGCCCUAGAUUCCUCUACCUCCGUCCUUGGUUCCCAUCCUACUCCGAUUCUGAAUGAAGAUGGGGACCCUAUCUGGAAGGUUCUGGUCUUCGAUAAUAUGGGUAGAGAUGUUAUCAGCAGCGUGCUUAGAGUCAAUGAUCUCAGAGCUUGGGGGGUAACGAUUCAUCUAAACAUCAACUCUGCCCGAUAUCCUAUACCUGACGUUCCCGUUGUGUAUCUCGUCGAGCCUACCCCUGCCAACAUCAAACUAAUAACAAACGAUCUCUCGCAAGGCCUCUACACACCAGCCUACGUUAACUUCUUAUCCUCCGUACCACGGCCGCUCCUUGAAGACUUCGCCUCCUUGGUAGCUGCAUCUGGCACGGCGGAGCAUGUCGCGCAGGUCUACGAUCAAUACCUGAAUUUUAUAGUGGCCGAACCUGACCUCUUCAGUCUGGGAUUGGGGACCGAUGCCUACUGGAAAAUCAAUAGCCCCCACACUAGUGAUGAGGAUUUGGAUGCAAUUGUGGACAAGGUCGUGAGCGGGUUGUUCAGCGUGAGCGUGACCAUGGGUACAAUCCCAAUCAUACGAUGUCCCAAGGGGGGAGCAGCGGAAUUAAUAGCAACGAAACUUGACCGGAAGUUGCGCGACCAUAUCUUGAAUUCGAAAGACAAUCUAUUCUCGGCCAACAAGAAGGCAAUACCGGGAGUGCCUUCCUCGCGGCCCGUUCUGAUCAUCGUCGAUCGCAAUGUGGAUCUAGUGCCAAUGCUGUCGCAUUCAUGGACUUACCAAUCGCUCGUGCAGGAUGUCCUCCGCAUGCGUUUGAAUCGAAUCACUGUUGAGACACCGGUUGACGAGUCGGAUCCCGCUAAAGGGAUGACGAAGAAAGCCUAUGAUCUCAAUACCAACGACUUUUUCUGGAAGCGCAAUGCGGGGGCCCCGUUUCCUCAGGUUGCAGAAGACAUCGAUGCAGAGUUAACGCGGUACAAGGAGGAUGCGAACGAGGUCACGAAGAAGACGGGCGCUUCCUCGCUCGAAGAUCUCCAGAAUGACACCAGCGCAUCUGCGCAGCAUCUCAAGGCCGCCAUCACGCUACUUCCGGAACUGCGGGAGCGCAAAGCCAUUCUGGAUAUGCACAUGAAUAUUGCGACUUCAUUGCUCAAGGGUAUUAAAGACCGUCAGCUUGAUAAUUUCUUCGAGCUCGAGGAGACCAUCACGAAACAGUCCAGGGCUCAGAUCCUGGAGUUGAUCAAUGAUUCAGGGAAGGGUAGCGACCCAUCGGACAAGCUUCGACUUUUUAUUAUCUGGUUUCUGAGCACCGAGACUGAGCUUUCCCGUUCGGAGCUAUCCCAGUUCGAGGAAGCGCUGACCAGAGCCGGCGUUCAAGACGUCAGUUCCCUGGCGUACGUCAGGCAAGUCCGAGAAAUCACUCGCAUGACUAUGAUGACAACAUCUGCGCCACAGCAGCAAUCAUCUUCGGAUCUUUUCCGUGGUUUCUCUUCCCUUUCAAACCGACUGACAGACCGCAUCACUUCCGGAGCUUUGGGCGCCAAUUUUGAUUCCCUAAUCUCAGGUGUCAAGAACUUCCUCCCUGCCAACAAAGACCUGACUCUUACCAAAAUUACGGAGUCUAUCAUGGAUCCCUCUUCCGCAUCCAGUUCCGCAAUCGCAAAGACCGAGAAUUACCUCUACUUCGAUCCUCGAAGUGCUACCGCCAGAGGAGCUAUGCCCCCGGCUUCCGCGUCCAGAAAUGCACAGAUGCCGGGCGGUCUUGGCAGUAGUGGACCCGGAACCGGCGCCAGUUUCGGCCAACGCCGGCAGGCCUUCAACGAGGCCAUCGUAUUUACCGUUGGUGGCGGCAGCAUGGACGAAUACGGCAAUUUGCAGGACUGGGUAAGCCGCACCAGUGGUCAGACCGGCGCCGACGGUGCGGGUGCUGGUGGUCGUGUGGUAGGCGGAUCUCUUGCCGGGACAAGACGGAGGGUAGUCUAUGGCAGCACUGAAUUGAUGAAUGCGAAUGAGUUCCUUGCUGAUGCGCUGGCCAAGUUGGGCAAAGAGAGUUGAGAGGCCUCGGGGUGGUUGUGAUUUACCAUACGGAGUAUGGUUUGAUUAAAACUAUAAUACCUUUUUUUUCUCUUUUGCUUGGAGGCGUUUGUAUUUUAUACUCUGCGCAUACUAAAUAAACGAACACGAUUAGGAAGUCUUCCAG